GGUUUGGAGACUCCGGCGUUCUUCGACUUUUCAUGGAAGAGAUGUCAGGAGAAAGUGUGGUGAGCUCAGCGGUGCCUGCAGCUGCUACCCGCACCACUUCCUUCAAGGGCACCAGCCCUAGCUCCAAGUAUGUGAAACUGAACGUGGGUGGGGCCCUCUACUACACCACCAUGCAGACGCUGACCAAGCAGGACACCAUGUUGAAAGCCAUGUUCAGUGGGCGCAUGGAGGUGCUCACCGACAGUGAAGGCUGGAUCCUCAUUGACCGGUGCGGGAAGCACUUUGGUACAAUACUCAACUACCUUCGUGAUGGUGCAGUCCCCCUGCCUGAGAGCCGCCGAGAGAUCGAAGAGCUUCUAGCAGAAGCCAAAUACUACUUGGUCCAGGGCCUGUUGGAAGAGUGCCAGGCAGCUCUACAAAACAAAGAUACGUAUGAGCCUUUCUGCAAAGUUCCUGUCAUCACCUCAUCCAAGGAAGAACAAAAACUUAUUGCAACUUCAAAUAAGCCCGCUGUGAAGUUGCUCUACAACAGAAGUAACAACAAAUAUUCCUAUACCAGUAAUUCUGACGACAAUAUGUUGAAAAAUAUUGAACUGUUUGAUAAGCUGUCUCUGCGCUUUAAUGGGAGAGUCCUGUUCAUAAAGGAUGUCAUUGGGGACGAAAUCUGCUGCUGGUCCUUCUACGGCCAGGGCCGCAAGAUCGCUGAAGUCUGUUGUACCUCCAUCGUCUACGCCACUGAGAAGAAACAGACCAAGGUUGAGUUCCCGGAAGCCCGGAUUUAUGAGGAGACCUUGAAUAUUUUGCUGUAUGAGGCCCAGGAUGGCCGGGGACCUGACAACGCACUCCUGGAGGCCACUGGUGGGGCCGCUGGGCGCUCCCACCAUCUGGAUGAGGAUGAGGAGCGCGAGCGGGAUCGGAUCGAGCGUGUGCGUCGGAUCCACAUUAAGCGCCCAGAUGACCGGGCUCAUCUCCACCAGUGAGCAGGCAAG